AUGAAAAGCAUUUACUUUGUGGCUGGAUUAUUUGUGAUGCUGGUCCAAGGCAGCUGGCAGCGGUCCCUUCAGGACACGGAGGAGAAGGCCAGCUCCUUCCCAGCUUCCCAGGCAGACCCGCUCAAUGAUCCCGAUCAGAUGAAUGAAGACAAGCGCCACUCCCAGGGCACGUUCACCAGCGACUACAGCAAGUAUCUGGACUCCAGGCGUGCCCAAGAUUUCGUGGAGUGGUUGAUGAACACUAAGAGGAACAAGAAUAACAUUGCCAAACGUCAUGAUGAACUUGAGAGACAUGCUGAAGGGACCUUUACCAGUGACUUAAGUACUUAUUUGGAAGACCAAGCUGUCAGGGAAUUCAUUGCUUGGCUGGUGAAAGGCCGAGAUAGGAAAGACUUCCCAGAAGGCACCAUUGCUGAAGAACUCCGCCGCAGACAUGCUGAAGGCUCUUUCUCCGAUGAGAUGAACACAGUUCUUGAUAAUCUUGCCACCCGGGACUUUAUAAACUGGCUGCUUCAAAACAAGAUUACUGACAGGAAGUAA